UACAAGCUAGUCGUCGUGCCGGAUGGUAACUCGGUUCCUGACCGUCUGCUCGACUUCCUUGCAAGCAACGUGGUAGUCUUGAAGCAAGAAUCCACAAGCGAAGAGUUCUGGUACAGGGAUCUGCAGCCGUACCAUCACUUCAUUCCCUUCAAGCGAGAUGUUUCCAACCUCAUCGACGUCAUCAGAUCGUCUCUGAAGAAUGAGAGUCUCUUGCGACAUGUCGCGCAGGCUUCCACACUGUAUGUGCUCGAACAUCUCAACUCAGACUCCAUGAAAUGCUAUCUGGUGCACCUGCUUCAUGCGUACGCUCAGGUG